AUGGCGGGCCUGGGGUCCGGUCCCUCCGUCCCCGUGUGGCUGGCCGAGGACGACCUGGGCUGCAUCAUCUGCCACGGGCUGCUCGACUGGCCCGCGACGCUGCCCUGCGGCCACAGCUUCUGCCGCGACUGCCUGCAGGGCCUCUCGGUCCCCGCGCCCCAGCGCCGCCCGGCGCAGCCGCCGGUGGUGGUACAGAAGAACAUCACAGAAGUUGGUCGGCAGCUGACAGAGCUGGUGGAACAGCUUGAAGACAUUGUCAGGAGCCUUCAGAAUCAGGGGCCCCCCUCAGAAUCUGGACCAGACGAUGAACAGAGCAUCCUGUGCAUGACUUUUUCUUCUGGGAUGAACCUUGCCUCGGCUUCUCCAAAGCUAGUGACUUCCAACACAUCCGAGGGAAAAAUUAGAGAUGUUCUACAUAACCUAGAAGCAAUUCGGGAAAAAUUACAAGAAAACUUCACAUUGAAAGAAGCUCCUGAAGAACAAACACAAGUGAAACUCCUAAAAGCUCCAUCUUCUUCCUCAUGCCCACUGCCUGACCAGAGCCCCACUGCACCCAAGAGGACCUCUCGGUUUGCUCAAUGGGCCAUCAAUCCAACCUUUGACUUGGGCAGCCUGGCCUGUAGCCUGGAGGUAUCCGAGGAUUGCCAGAGAGUGACUGUGUCUCACUAUCCACAGCCCUAUCAGUGGAGUCGUGACAGGUUUUCAACCAGCCAGGUCUUAUGUUCUCAGGCCCUUUCUUCUGGGCAGCAGUACUGGGAAGUGGACACUAGGUAUUGCAGCCACUGGGCAGUUGGAGUAGCUUCCUGGGGGAUGAGCCGUGACUUUAUCCUGGGAAGGACUAUAGACUCUUCAUGUGUAGAGUGGAAGGGAACAGGCCAUCUCUCUGCAUGGCACAUGGUCAAGGAAACUAUCCUCGGCUCAGACAGACCUGAGGUAGUGGGCAUCUGGCUGGACCUUGAGGAGGGAAAGCUUGCCUUCUAUUCAGUGGCUGAUCAGGAGAAGCUUCUGUAUGAGUGUCUGGUCUCUGCCUCCUCUCCUCUGCACCCUGCCUUCUGGCUAUAUGGCUUACAUCCUGGAAAUUCCCUGAUCAUAAGGCAAGUAAAGGUGUAAAGGUUUGUCAGGGGUUAAAAUACAGUGGUUUCUUGGUCUCUCUCCCUGAUUUCAAGGAGGGCGGCAACUUGACU